GCACAAAAUGUAAACGUAGUAAAUUCACAAAAUAUUUUGUUACUGAAAAUACGCAGAAAAAUACCAAAAUAUUUAUCUAAUACUUCUUAUACAGUACUGACAAACUAUACCAACCAUGGUUUGGAGCAAUUUGAUUAAAAAGGUAUGUGUUUGUAACUCGAUAUGAUGCAAUAUAAAAUGAUGGCAUGAUGCUAUCAGUGCUAUAUUAUUAUAAAUGCUACACAAUAUACCUUAUUCUUUUAAUAAUAUUGCGAUUUGCUCUAAUAUGCCUUACAUUGAUCAACAGAAGACAGUUUUACUUGUCAAUAUGGGUUUUCUGUAUAUUUAUUAUUAAAAUUUAAACCAUUCCUAAGUUGGCUUCCCCCUCUCCAAUAUUUAACCCCCACCCCUUCUCCAAUAACCCCCACCCUGGUUUAGAGAAGGAAGCUAGGAAUCCCAACUCUUCCACCUUCACAGCAAAGAAAUGCUUGUGUAAUGGUUAUCAAUAUAUUUUUAGGGCCUUUCCUUGAGGUUGUUACAGCCUGCUGUCAAGAGAAAUUUUUGGAGUUUUCCAGGAAAAGCAACAUUUUCAAGUUUGGCAUCAGAUGUCACGCUUGAUCGCGUAGACUUGAGGUCGGCACCAUUGACAACACUGUCGGAAGAUGAAGAGAUGAUGAGAGAUACUGGUAAUGGAAUAUACCAAACAUGUUUCAAUCACUGAGCUAGUUCAAUAGACAACGGGGUCCACUUCUGUUUCAUACUCAGGCACCCUGACACAGAAUAAACACACUCAGAUUGUUGACUAAGCCACAAAAUAGGAAAGUAUAGCAGAAAUGUAACUUGAGUCGGUGUUCACGUCCACAAAAAUUUUAACUUGCUCACACCAUCCUGGCUAGUACAGCCGGAAGUUUUUAUUAGGUUUUGGUAGGUGCAAAGUGCCGGUUGUACUAGCCAGGAUGGCGUGAUUGAUGACGAAUCGCUUGUAAAAACACGGACAAAUACUUGCUCGAGUUACACUUCUGCCGUACCUUCCUAUUCUGUGACUAAGUCAAAAUAGUGUAAUCGCUGCCACGCAAUGAUUCGUCAGUGAUUCGGGUCCACAAUUAGCUGAGGAAUAGUGAGGGCAGUGGAAAUUCUAAUGAAAUGUUAGGGUAUACGUGUUAGGUUUUGAAACUAAAUACUAAAUUAAAAAUGCCAGUAUUUAAUUGAAAUCUUGAAAAUGCUCCUGUACAAGUCUGCAAGUGGUGCUCAUGAACUUGCACAUUUUCAUGAUGCUGAUAUGAUAAUAACUGUUACAACAACUCUGUCAUUUCAAAUUUCAAUUUGUAAACCCUUUUUGGCAUCCUUGCUUUUCAAAUGAAAAAAAAAACCCUGUGUACAGUAUAUAUAGUAUAUAUAAAUAGUUCAGUAUAAUUCAAGUUGGCUGAAUCAGCUAAUAAUUUUGUGUUUUAAGUUGCAAAAUUUGCUGCUGAGCAGAUCUUACCAUUAGUUAGUGAAAUGGACAGGAAAGGUGAAAUGGACAAGGACCUUAUUCAAGCAAUGUUUGAUCAAGGGGUAUGAUUGUCAUCAUCAUAUGUAUAUCAAUUUUUAUUGGAACUUUCUUCUACAGACAGAUGUGAACAAGUAGAUGAGUAUAAUGAAUGUUCCAAGUAUAUGUACCCUCAUCUGAACAUAUUUCUUAACUCAUCCACUCAUUCACAUCCAUAAGGAGAAGAAAAUUUUACCUUAUUAAAUCCGAGCAUAAGGCCACUCAAAGGCACAUAAAAUUUACUGACCAAAUCUGGCCUAUUAACUACUGUCAAUGCUCAUUACAAACACUUUGAAACCUUAGUCCAUUUUCUUUGAUAUGAAGCUUAUGGGUGUUGAAAUUGAGGCAGAAUAUGGUGGAACCAAUUCAACAUUCUUCAGCUCUAUUCUUGUGAUAGAGGAACUAGCAAAGGUUGAUCCUUCUAUUGCUGUACCCUGUGACAUUCAGAACACGUUAAAUAACCGUCUGAUCAGACAGCAUGGCACAGAGGAACAGAAGAACUUGUAUCUUCCUAUGUUGGCUACAUCAACAGUUGAGUAUUCUUAUUAUACCUGUAUGGUGAUUUAUAUAUACGGUACACACCUACAAUCACAUGCAAAAUGGUUGAGACACUCAGCAUACACAUAUUUUGUUGGCUAAAUUUAAUAAAAAAAAUGAUCACAAAAAUUUAUCGCUAAAUCAUCCAACACCCCCUGCCCUGUUCAAUUUCAAUGUUGUUUAUCUAACUGGUGGUUUUAAUUUGUAACAUUACUAACAUUGAUUUGGGGGCUGGAAGGGGCGGGGGUGAAUAAUGAUUUAAUUCAAAACUCUGGUGAGGAAUAUCCAACUUCUAAAAUUUUCCUCAAGUCAUUUUUUCAGAUCAUUGCAACUAAGAGGGACUAUACUGUAGGGAUGGUCAUGAGUUUAGCAUGUGAAAGAAUCUGUUCAAAUUGGGCUUGAUGCCGGUUUUAUUGUGCAGUUUCUUUUUGUGUCAUUGUCAACAACUCUCUUCUAGCGUGCUCUCAAAAAAGAAAUCAUCAUUUUCUCUCUUUAAUUCAUUCUUGACUAAAAUUAAAUAAGAGAAAAUGAAAGCAAAUGUUCUGGUUACCACUGACGUUCAUUCUUUCUCUCUCACAGCUAUCGUCGUUCUGCCUGUCGGAACCCGAGGCUGGUAGUGAUGCGUUCGCUAUGAAAACAGUCGCUGAACAAAAAGGGGAUUAUUUUCUUAUCAAUGGCAGCAAAUGUUGGAUAUCUAACUCUGCUGAAGCUGGCCUGUUUCUGCUCUUUGCCAACGCCUCUCCAGAAAAGGUAUAUACUAUAUAACCAACUAAUUUAUACAGAUUUGGGAAACAAGCAAUCCAUUGUAUACCAGUACCUGAAUUUCAGCAUUUGGGGCAAUCUCACUCGAUAGAACUAUUAUUAUUGUAGAAGUAUCUCUGGAAUGACUGGUGAUCCUAAAAUGUGAUCUGUUCCCACCCAAUUCACAUUUACAGAUAACUCACCUACCUAGUUGCCACCACACUGUUCUGAUAAUCAUGCACUGAGGGAAAAAGUGAAAUAUUCGUACUAUGGAAUUUGCAAUUGCAUCCAUAGUAUAUCCAUAUUAUUUCCAUACUAUAUCCUAGUAUGGAAAUUGCAAUUAAUAUGAAAAUUGGAUUUCAAUACUGUUUUCAACGAAGAUCCAUACUACAAUUUCCAUAAUAAGGGUUUUGAAAAAAAUUUCCAGUGAAUAUACGUGUGAGCAUAUAAUGGAACAAAGGUAACCAAAUGCCGAAGAAUGAAUAUCUGCUAUUAAACCGAUUACGUCUUUUUACCACAUUCUAUACUUUUAGUACCACAUUCUAUACUUUUAGACCACAUGCUGUACUUUUAGUACCACAUUCUAUACUUUUAGUACCACAAUCAGGAAAUCUGUAAAAAUUAAACCAGGUACGCAGUAUGCACAGAAUCUUUUCAGCGCUGUCUUCUGUUCAACAUUUUAGGGUUAUCGAGGGAUCAGUUGUUUCGUUGUACCUCGCGAUACAGAAGGUUUUGACAUUGGUCCCAAAGAGGACAAGGUAAACGGAACAUUAGGACAUUGUCCUUUCAUCGAUUUUUAAAAAUAUAUUCAAGUGUUUUAUAUUUGACGCCAGAGUACUUUUGUUUCAGCUUGGUAUCAGGGCGUCAUCGACAUGUACGCUGAAUUUUGACAAUGUUAAGGUACUUUAUUGUGUCUUUGAAACUGUUUAUGUGUGGAACUUUCAAACGUCCGUCGUACAGGCUCGACUGUAUAUGACAAAUAUUUUUUAUCCUUGAAUUUUGAUAUUUCCAGAUCCCAGCUAAGAAUUUACUUGGUGAGCUUGGACAAGGUUACAAAUACAGUAUUGAAGUGCUAAAUGAGGGCCGUAUUGGCAUUGGGGCGCAGGUACUGUAUAUAUUAAACAAAUUUUACAGCCUUGCGCUGCCAUCGUUUUCAUACCAGCAUGAUCUGACUUCAUUCUUCUAGAUGGUGGGACUUGCACAAGGAUGUUUUGAUCAUACUUUACAAUACGUUAGAGAAAGAAAGCAGUUUGGGCAGAAAAUAUGGGAUUUUCAGGUAGGAACAUUUAAAAUCACUGUUUGAAAACGAACGUUGUUGGUAUUAGCGGCAGGGUGCGGAAAUUCGAGAAUUUUCUGGUCAUACCUAGCCUGCGCGCAGACUAUAUAAUGACAUAUAUAUGUCAUUAUAUAGUCUGCGCGCAGGCUAGGUCAUACCCGACUGGUACUCUAAUGACUACUGGUAGUUGUUUGGUACAAACUUAAGAUGUACUUUAGUUACUCUUUGAAAUGAUGCAUGUACAUAAAGUACAGAACACUACAAUCGACUCCAACAUUCCGUAGUCCCAUCAGUUCAGUCGUGUUUCAAGCCAACACAUCUCUUGCGUACUGUACCUAUAAUAUACCGUUACGUAUACGGUUUUGAAUACCUCGGGCUUGGUAAGGCGGUAAGGUUAUAUGGUACCAGCAAAAUGCAAGUAGGCAGAUUGCAAGAAUUCCGAACCGGUAUACUUAGUUCAAAAAAAAAAGAAGUACCAGACCAUAAUAUGCCGUACCUCGGGCUCAGAAUAAGAAGGUACAGCAGAAGUGUAACUCAAGCAAGUAUUUGUCCGCGUUUUUACAAGCGACUCGUCAUCAAUCAGGCCAUCCUGGCUAGUACAACCGGCACUUUGUGCCUACCAAAACCUGAUAAAAACUUCCGGUUGUACUAGCCAGGAUGGCGUGAGCGAGUUAAAACUUUCGUGGACGUAAAACAAUAAGGGAACCGACUCGAGUUACACUUCUGCUGUACCUUCCUUCUUAUUCUUGUGCCUCGGGUACGUAAGUACGCGAUUUAUCGCAUCCUGUUGGCGGGUUUCAUGGAGUGUUCGUGGGGGCAGAACAUGGUGAUCAACUUGGUCUUGAGAAACGUCGAUAUGUGUAUUGUAUUGGAGCAAGCAAACUUCUGCAUUAACAUUAUUUUCUCACUCUAAUAACUGCCAGUAAACCACCAAGUGCUGCAUAUUAUGGUACUUAGCGAAAUCAAGCGCAAACUCACCAAUCUGUCUCAAAAUGGGAUUGACACAAUUUAUUCCAAAUUCCAUUGCAGUCGAUGAAGCACCAGAUAGCUUCCGUAGCAACACAGAUCGAGGCGGCAAGAAUGUUGGUAUACAACGCGGCACGAAGACAGGAAGCUGGACUGUCUGUUGUUAAACAAGGAGCGAUGGCAAAGUUUUAUGCCUCGGAGGUAUGUCUCUGAGUUGGAUACGCAAAAUCUCAAUAUUUAUUACCCUGGACGUGUAAGCGCUGUCCCUAACUCAACCUUAGGUUUCCUCCUGUAGUAACACUAGACCAAUAAGGGAGGACCUUCACUGAUCGAUAUUGGAAGGAAACACACGAAACAGUCCAACAGUGUUUUCUAAUAACCAAGGUGCAGUAACACUAGCCCAAUUUGGGAUGGCCCUUUCUGCACUGCACCCAAAUUUGAAAUAGUUUAGAACCGUGGAUUUCACUCUCAACUUAUUUUGUAGGUUGCGAGUAUAACAACAUCGAAAUGUAUGGAAUGGAUGGGUGGUGUUGGUUUUACGAAGGCAUACCCGGUCGAGAAAUAUUAUAGAGAUGCGAAAAUAGGUAGGUCCUCUUCUGGUCAUGUUGGUGGAUAUUACACGGUUGCACCAAUAUUCUCUUUAUGGAUGCAUGUAAUCAUCAUUCUGAUGAAAGUUCUUGAUUCUCAACAAAUUAACAAUGACGUUGCAAGGCAUUUUCCCAAGCACUUGACCAUCAGGAUAAUAAUUAUUCUUUCUUUAUUAGGUGCCGUUUAUGAAGGUACUUCAAAUAUUCAAUUGACAACCAUCGCAAAAUGUAUGGAUGGUGAAGGCUGAAUUGAAGUCAGUCGAUAAGAAAUGAAUAAUCAAGAAAUAUUAUGAAAAUAACUUAAAAUGGACCACUGUAGCAUGUAAUGCAGUUAAAUAGUCAGCUGGAAUUACAGCGAAGUGGAGAUGUAACGAGAAAAAGCAAUGUACCAUCAAAUUAUCUAACAUAAGCAAGCGACGUUUUUGGCGCUAUUUUGCAUCAUGGUGCUAGAGUAAGGAGGCAAUGAAAAUUUUUAAAAUUCUUAGAUUUUGUCGUACGUGUUGAAGAUAACCACUGACACAAACAGUUUUUAAUCCAGUCCCUCCUCGGCAAUCUGACGUCUCAGCCUAGUCCCUAGGCCUCUUAGUACGCCUAUUUCGCGUUUCUGCAUGCACAGAGGACUAGGGACUAGUCUGCUGACGUAUAUGUCGACAAAAACGUCGCUUGAUUUAACAAUCUGUCAACUUGUGUACAGCUAGAGAGAAAAAAAAGUGUUUUAAUACUUCCCCAAGAGGCAAAUAUUUCUUUUGCCACACUACAAAAAUUGUAGUACGGUUCAAUAUUUAUAAUAAAAAUGCGAAACGGUAUUCUUUUCUGCUUUCCUUACACCAUAAUACGAACACAAAAAAUAGUGGAAUCUCCUCGAUUGCGCAAAAUGCGCACACCUUAAAGGCCGUUUUCCACUAGGUGGAAUUUUUCGCGCGGAGCGGAAUUUCUCUUUGUCUUGUGAUUUCUCUGGUGGAACUAAUUAAAAAAGACAAAGGGUAAUUCCUCUCCGCGCGGAAGAUUCCGCCUAGUGGAAAAGGCCGUUUUCCACUAGGCGGAAUUUUUUCUUUGUCUUUUCUAAUUAGUUCCACCCGAGAAAUCACAAGACAAAGAGGAAUUCCGCCCCGCGCGCAAAAUUCCGCUUAAUGGAAAACCGGCUUUAAAGAAGUCGUUCUACUUUCAAAAAGAAGGUGGUCACACAGGAACCAUCUUCAUUUUUCACAUACGAAUAUAUUUCUCUUUGGUCAAGAUCCUAAAUCUCACCCCCUUUUACCUAACUUUAUUGUGCGCGAGACAUCCGGAUAUAACCAAAAAAAUCAAAAAGCACUUUACUUUCUCACAACACCCUAGCAAAUUUCUUGCAAAUCCAAAGGAAUGAAUACAACCCUGUAGACAGGAACGCGACAUUUCAUUGACAUUUCUACAAAUACAAUCUAAGUUACACAAAACGACGAUGAUGAUACAUGCGUGUUCUUUUUACAGUGUUUUUCUGACUGACGAACAUUUUUAUCUUUACAAUUUCCCCAUGCACCGCACAUCGAGCGAAAUUUAUUUCGACGCCAUGCAUUUUAAACAGAGAAUUGUUCUCCGUUGCUUUUUUCGCCACCAAACACAAAGUUUUGGCUUUUUAUUUUCAUGUUUUCCCAUGUAGGGAUUGUUUUUUUGUGUUUAAGCACCAGCCUGAAACCCGCAGGCUGUACUCAAUAUCCCAUUCCGCCUCCUUGCGGGCCUGCAUUGUGAACGCCAUUUGGUCCUUGUUGACCAUUUCCUGGGCCGCCUUGAUUUUGCAUGUGUGGACCU